AUGUCAGUCCAAUCGGUCUUUCAGUGGGUGUACAACAUAUUGGAGAAGAAAGCCGAAGCAGAACGAGUCAUCUUCGAGGACCCGGAUCCGCAACUUGGCUUCACUCUCCUCCCCGACCUCAAGUGGGACCAGAAGCACGUGGAGUCCCUAUACUGCAUGGCAAUUGUCCACCGCCGUGAUCUCCACUCUCUCCGAGACCUGACGCAAGCCCACCUGCCCUUGUCAAAAGCGAUUCAUGCCGUCACUUCAAAGUAUGCUGCCGCGGCCGAUGAGCUGCGGUGUUACAUGCAUUACCAGCCUAGUUACUACCACCUCCACGUCCACAUCACCCACUUGCAAUUAGACGAGGGACACGGCAUGGCGGCCGGAAAGGCGCACCUCCUAGAGGAUAUUAUCGACAAUCUGGAGAUUGGCGAGUUAUCUACUUGCUGGUCCUGGGAGCUUCUGAUUGAGGUUGGGGGUUUGGGUUUCUAUGAUCUAGGAACCGGUUGCAGUACUUUCCUGCGGAUUGCAGUGCUCACAUGCGUCCAAGAUUUGGCCACUUGCCGCCUGUUCCGACAAUCUUGGAACACCGCGGUUUUCCAAGUCGAGGUUUGUUUUGAAAGUGCGGGCUGCAGAAUGAAAAAAGACAUUCGGCCAACCGGGUGGCCGACCGCGGUUGUGCUCCUGGGCAUGACUUGCACUGAUUUGGGUAAAGUGUUACCGGUACUUAAGGGAACCAGGUUUAUCAGAAACCCCAAAAGUAACCCGAAACUGCCGGAGAAUACUGUAUACGCAGGUCUGGACCCGCGUCUUUGA